UGGGGGGGCUUGAAGUGGAUUUCUAUCGCCACCACCUACCACCCACCCCAACACUGUGGUCCAUCCAGAUGGAUUUGAAAAAGUCUUAAAUCUUUCCAAUGUAUGCUUCCAGAGCGCUCUGCUUUGGCUUGCAGUACACAGAGGAUGGCCAUGGUCUCUGCAAUGUCCUGGGUCCUGUAUUUGUGGAUAAGUGCCUGUGCUGUACUGCUCUGCCAAGGGUCCCUUCAGCAGACAUUUCAGCAGCAGCAUCUUCCCAGACCAGAAGGAGGAACAUGUGAAGUUAUAGCAGCACACAGAUGUUGUAAUAAGAAUCGAAUUGAGGAGAGAUCACAGACAGUAAAGUGUUCCUGUCUACCAGGGAAAGUGGCUGGGACAACACGAAACAGACCAUCAUGUGUUGACGCAUCAAUAGUCAUUGGGAAAUGGUGGUGUGAGAUGGAGCCCUGCCUAGAGGGUGAGGAAUGCAAGACAUUACCUGACAAUUCAGGAUGGAUGUGUGCAACUGGCAAUAAAGUCAAGACUACCAGAAUUCACCCAAGGACCUAACAAACAUUCUUCUGACAGCAGCCUGCAAGGAACUCCCUGACAGAUAGAAGGCAGAAAUCUUUGAACCUUAAACCAUCUCCAGCUUCUAUAAGCCAAAUGGUUUUUGUUUUCUUUUGUUUUUGAUUGGCACCUUAACUCUGUAACGGAGGAAACUGCAAUGGCUUUGCUUGUGUAGAGCCAAAACACUAGACAAAUAAUGAUUCAGAGCGGACAGCAAAAAAAAGAAGAAGAAGAAGGGGGAGAAAGAGAGGGAGAGAGAGAAGACAUUGGCAAGCAGUUCAACAGAAGUAAGUUUUGUGAUUCUGAAAGAUGAACCAUGGUCCCGUACGUGUGGAUUGACCAUUUUUAUUUGUAUCAUUUACAAAUAUAUAAAUAUAUGAAAUAUUUUGAAAUAAACCUUAACUCGCUGAGAAACUGAGCAGAACCACAUUUUGCUGCAACUGCUUAUUUUUGCUUUAUUAAAUUGCAAAGAGAUCAGGGCUUUGGAAGAAGACGGUGAAAAGACAACAUGAAUAAGGGCGAACACUGACCAAAUAAUUGGAAUGCUGCUUCCUUUUCAUUGCAAUGAUGAUUGUGUCAGCUGGAUGUUGAAGGGAAUUCCAUUUUUAUUUUUUGUUUUCCUGUGUUCUGCAGUCUUCCCCCCCCCCUUCGUGCAACAUUUGCAUGCUGGCUUUGCUUACAUUAACCAUACUUUAUACUUAAUUGAUACUUGAUGCUGGUUCUAACCUCUUCUGAGAACACUUUUCGGGGACAAGAACCGUCCCAGAGAGAAGAGAAAAGAGACUCUUAGUAAUUAAAUACACACAACCUGCUCUCUGAAAUUCAUUGGACAACUUUUCAUAAACUGCAGGUUCAUUUAUUUAAGAAGAAAAAGCCCUGUACAGACAAUUGUCUACAGACUUUGUAUAGUUGAUAUAGACAAGCCUAGUAAAAAAGAAAAGAAAAAC